GGAGUAGGGGGGGGGGGGUGGUGCCAAGAGUUGCAGUCAACGAGAGACCACUCGGGGAAGACGGCACAGCCGAGCGAACGGAGGGGGUGGUGGGAAGAGCGCAGCAGAGGCGUGCAGGUGACGUGAAGCCUGCACGCGAGAGAGCUCAAAGAUGCAGAACCAGCUCCAGCCCAGGUACUGAAGAAACGGACCCGGUUCGAUCCAGUUCAAGACUAGGUGCUGGAGGAAAGUAACCAGUUCGAGAGCCGGUGCUGGAAAGACGGACCAGGUUCCGGACCAGUUGGGAACCGCGUGCUGGAGAUCAAGGGAUCAGGGGCGCAGCCCGUCAUGCGCACCGCAAACUCCUUACCACAUCCUGCAGGAUUGCUUGGCGGGACAGAGGGGCUCGUGACCGGCAAGCUGUUCCUGCUGUUGUGCACGUUCCUGCUGGAGGCGAUGUACGUGGCGGGGCUGCUGGUGUUCCGCGUCACCAGGCUGCACGGCAAGCACUCGGAGGCGUGGCUGUCGCUGCUCGUGUGCUCCGGCGUCUGCUGCGUCUACUGCGGCGCGUGCGGCAUCAGCGCGCUGGUGGCCGCGCUCGACGAGCCGCUGCCCCCGCCGCCGCUCUCCCGGCUACAGCCACCGCCACCGCCGCCGCCACCGCCGCCGCCGCAGCAGCAUCCACCGCCAGUGCCGCUGGCCGCCCUCGGAAUGCAGCCCGGCCUCCCGGAGCCCGUGCCGCAGCAGGGCCCCCCGGAUCCCGCGGCACACCCCGGCCACCCGGAUCCCACGCUGGCUCUGGCCCUGCACGUGCUGCCCGUGCUGACCAAGACGUUGGCGGCGCUGGCCGGGUGCCGCAUGUGCGCCGAGUUCUGGUUCGUGCGAACGAAGCUGACGCUGCCCACGAGGCGCAGCAGGGUGCGCGACCCCGGCGAGGACCCCUUCGUCAUCGACGCCGCCACCUACACAGCCGGAAUCGCAGGCAGCUGCGGCUACUCGGCGCUGGCCUUCACGGCGUACGCGGCCGGCGGGCUGGUGAUGGCCGGACGCGGCGCCGGCGACACCGUGUACCUGUGCACCCUCACGCUGCUGCUGCUGUGCCGAGCCAUCCUCCUCGUCCAGUUAUUCAUGCAGGCGGCGAGGAUACACCACGUGAGGAAAAAGCGAGGACUCGACGUCCCCAAGGUGAAGCUCGUCGGGGACUCCGUGCCAUAGAGGCGGCCUCUCCGCCGGUGCCGGCUGACUUGCGGGAGGCGGUGCGGCUGCGGCACCAUCAGCCCGGGGCGUAGCAGCGCUCCGCUUGUGUGUCUGAGCCGCGUGCGACGGCAGCAGCUCGCCGGAAACGAACUUUGUGUUGCGCUCGAAUUCUGGAGUUUUUGUAAAUAGAUUUUUUUUUUUUUAUCUCAGAUCUAACGCGUGUUCAAAGACAGUAAGAUGCUGAGGAUAGAUUCUGCACUGACUUAAAAUGGCUCGUUUGUUUGGAUUUCUUUAAAAAAAAUAGAUAUAUAUAAAUGAGCGUGAUGGUUGCACUGCCAGGCGGCUUGGAUGUGAAGUUGAUGUUGAAUUGAUCGACCUUCAGUGAGCGAUGGCCGCACACCAGCUAUCCGUAAGGUGCCCAAUGGUGGAGGGGUUCAACACAAUUAUUCCGAGUUACUAAUGAGAUGUUUAGGUGCAAUGUUGCCGUAAUAAGCGGUAAAGACAUUACGUCACAAAAGGAGGCAAGGAGAUGACACCGGGAGCUGAACAUACGGUAGCUCCGUCUAGGGUUGCCAUCUCCAGGGCUUCAAAAUAACUAAAUAUUAUGGCAAGAAGAAUAUUUUACAGUAUCGGCAGAGGUGAACGACAUGUAAGUGUGAGUUGUGUAUUUUUUUAUGCAAUUUACAAGACCGGGACUUUUAAUGUUCUCGGAAGACUCACAUAUUUCCCAGGACGGGUAGUUCACAACAAGGACGAUACUGGGACAACCGGCACAGGUGGCAAGGGCCUCCUUCCAUCCCCUCUGACUGAAAUGGUGAAAGAUUCCAGACCUGGGUGUCUGCCUAUGCGAAAACUGGUUUUAAACGUAUAUGGCGUCAUGAACGCCGUGUUUUAGUCUACAAAACCGAUAUCGGCCAGUAACCACCUGAAACAGGAGCACCAAAAGUUCGUGUUAUUCUGAGUAUCCAAAAUAGUUCACACCGACAAAACCGGAAUAAAAGUUCGAAAAUGCAAUGGGCAGCUGUGGGGAAUGAGGGUGAACCAGUGGACACUUCACUCCGUAUUUGCUCCAGUGAUUUUUGUUUUGUUUUGAAACUUUCCCGAUGAAAGGCAUUUAAGUAUUCAACAAUUAGUGGAUGCAGAAUAUAAACACAUCCAGGGCUUGCGUAAGACAUCUUUGCCCACAGGACACCAGCGAGGAAAAGACCCCCCCCCCUCCCGGCCCCCUCCCUUACACAAAUCCCUAACCCUUGCUGCUGGAACACACUCCAAUGCAAUAUGUGGCAGUUGGGGAAAAAAUUGAGGAUUCAAUUAAAAUAGCCUAAUGAAGGUAGCAUUACGGUCGUAUUGUUUGUAUUGUUCAUCUUAAAAUUAUAAUAUUAAUUAAGAGUCUGACUUUUUUAUUAUUAUAAUAAAUACAUAUGUUUUAUUUC